ACACCAUCAGUCACUCUCCGACGAACCAAACAAACAAUCAAAAUGUUCAAAUACUUGAUCUUCGUUGCUCUCCUGGCUUUCGCGUCAGCCAAGCCUCUGCUGGUGAGCUACACGUCCCCUGUAGCUGCUGCAUAUACCGCUCCGGUCGCUGCUGCGUACACCGCACCCCUGGCGUACUCUGCGUACUCUGCAUAUUCUCCGGUUGCAUACUCCGCAUACUCAUACGCAUCACCAUAUUCUUAUUACAUUUAAUUAAAUAAAAAUACGUCUAAAUUCAUGAAACCAAAUAUGUUGAUGUGAUAUAUUUUAUUUAUUUGAUUCCAAUACAAAAAAGUAUAAUUCGCGACUGAUUUUUUUUUCUGCCUGGCGCUUGAAAUCCUGAACUUGAAUGGUAAAGUUGUUUUUUUUUUUCGGAAAUAAAAAUAAAUUAUGAAGUAC